AUGGCUAGUAGACCCACACGACUGCACCAGGUUGCGACUGCCAUGCCACGCAAAACACUGCCGAUGCCAACCAAGCCCACCUCCAAGCCACAGCUCCAUCCAAGAUACACAAAGAGCUGGCAUGCCUACCUAGGCGGAACCCGAGCAACACAGUCAAGCAACCGACAGGAUGGCAUGUUCCACCCUGAUCCCUUCACAUUAUGCCUCCACUUAUGUGAGCAGAUAAGCCUGUCAUCAGAGACCUCAAGUCCGGGAAAUGUGAUGGCUGAGUCCCUUGACGCUGUGAUCCUAGAAAGGCUGUGUGAGGAGGCUGUGUGGCUCCCUCCUGGAAUUGCAUGUUUGCCUCUUCCACGAAAUUGA